UUAUAUCGGCAAUGAGUCCUAUACGCACCAAGAGUUGGGGGUGGUGAUAGAUGAGAAUGGAGUCACACAAAGUAAUAUAACACUCGGAUUUUUGAAUAUGACAGAUGGAGAUCCGUCAGAAUUAGGUUAUGCUGUGGUGAAUGCAGAUUCAAGAUAUGGAUUCAUCUGGGUGAACUUUCAGAAAGGAUCGGAGGUAAAAUGGAAGCUUUAUACCUACGAGGUGUACGAUUCGAACGAGAUACAACUAAAUGGUGACAGCACGGCUUCGGGGCAAAUUCCGUCACCAAUCGAAGAUUGCUUCGUGAUAUCAACUGCAGACGACAGUUAUUGCUUCGUGACGGUCGAGCGUAACGAAAAUGCAUCAUAUCUAUGGUCAGCGUAUGUGAGUUUCCUUCGUCCCAACGCCUCUCAAGUGACAUCUAAAAUCUUCCUAUUUGGUCACAUGUAUCGCCUCCAGCUUAAGAUAUGCUCAGAAACAAAUUACGAACCCGGUGCCGAGUGCAUAAUAGAAAUCGAAGCAAACAACACUUCAUACCUCCGUGUAACGUUUCUCACUACCGGCGCCGUCAAGGAUAUUUUCGCAUUUCAUGAUACCUUCGGUUAUUCGGUGAACCAAAUUAUAACGUUGUUCGAUGGCCAAUACCUUUUGGUUGGAUCUCAUGAGUCUGGGAAUGGUACGAAUUCAAGCUUCAUGGGCAUCUACGAUUCCACCGGGAGUUAUUUGUACAGUUUAGAUUCGUCCAAAUUCCCAGAAGUCAACAACGACUCCCUGUUAUACGGAGCGUCUCCCAAUAAAACUGUGUUGAUGGUUUACGACUUGAACACCACCACUAAUGGCGAUUUGAAAUAUUUUACGUUUGAUGUGACGAGUUCCAAUAAUUCUGGACAAAAAAAUGUUUACGACGACAUAGCGAUACAAGUGCAUCAGAAUGUUGAUUCCGUAACACCGGACACACAGAAUAUCAAUAUCACAUUCCCCAUAGCCGUGGUGCCUUCCACCGGUAACAUUUCAAUCUACGAGAUCAGAGGUCCAGGCAAUAUGAUAUUAAAACAAUCGUAUAGCGCUCAGGAUACAAUGUACGUUAAGACGCCCAACAACGAAACAUUGGAAUUGACGGUUCUGAGGAGCACAUUCUUCACACUGAAUACGAAUUAUUCUGUGGUGAUGGAAAAUAAUUUCGUGAAGGACGCGAGUGAUUAUGAGCCGUUCUUGGGCACGUUCAGAAUUCUUACGACCGGAAUGGUCGAUGAAUCGCCCGGAGGUGACGAGCGUGGUCUCGUUCGCUUAACGGAAGAGGCUUCAAACGAAUAUUGGGGUAAGAGGGUCACCAUCGAACCGUUCAAAAAUCUAACCCGCGAAUUAUGCACCAUACUCUUCUUCUCACCCUGUCGACUGCAACUUGUCGGAAGAUGGCAAUGGGAUUCCAACAGACAGAUCAUACUUAAAAUUGAGAUUUCCAACAGCGCGAAUGGUCGGAGUGUAAAUUCCGUGGCCUUGGCGUUAGAUUCUUUGAUUAGGAAUAAGAAUGUAUCAUCGGUGUCAUGGUAUCCGACUACUUUGUUACUGGACAGUGAAUACGGUUUCCAGGUGACAGAAACCGUAUGGGAACAGUACAAAUAUAAUCUAUUUGGUGUCGGCUCCGUAUUGCUACUCUGCGCCGUUCUUGCGUUGCUUUCGUACGGGAAAUAUGGGGAGGGAAAUGGUUUCAUAGUGUUCCGAAUACUUUUGAUCGGAUUGGAUUUUGUGUUAGAUGUGUUGUUUGUGACAUUCUACGCACAAGAUAUUUAUAUGUUGUUUUAUCCCACAUUGGCCUUCACGAUAGCAUCCAUAGCGUUCAAUACCUUGAUAGGCUUCAUCGUCAUUAUCCGAGAAAUCACCAAAAACGAUCGUUUCGCCAAGUUAGGGGGUUUUCGAGCAUUCAGUGCUCCGUUAUCGAACGAGGCUAAACGAUGGAUUUACUGGAGUAGCAUUGUGAACCUGGUGAUCGAGGACAUGCCACAGUUGGUCAUUCAGAUCGCCUACAUUAUACUUUGCGUGAACUAUAAAAUAAUCCCCUUUCUAAAUUUGGUCACCGCCUCACUGUUAUUUUUCGUAUUAGUUCUUGGCAAACUUUACCAGCUUUACCGUCGUCUAACUGAUGAUGACGAUCACAUUUCGGACAGAGGAAGUGUCAAAAGCAUGACGAGUAUAACGAGCAUCAGAAGUGUGAGUCAAAGGAAUGGUGCCGUUAUGCCACCACCCCCAGCUGCAGCGUGGAGACCUCUGACGCACGCGGAGAGGAAUAUCAUACCAGACUCGCCACUGGCCAGAGGUAGACAGAAUUUUGGAGAAGAGGGUAGGAACGUAAUGUAUGAUGGUGAUGAGAGAAUGAGACGGUAUGGUUCGAAAAAGGACAAAAGAAAUAAUCGUCCCAUAAAUGUAGACGAUGAUAACGGCGAGAGGUCGCGGCUGUUGGAUAUGGAUGGAGAUCGACGACGAUCGAUAACAAUAACACAUCCGAUGGAAUAUGGCGGUGAUGGUGGUAGAGGAGUUUUCGGUGAUCAAGAGAGUUUACAAUCGGAUGAAGAUGAAAACGAUCUCAUCGAUUCGGUUAGUGAACAUUCUUCAGAUGAUAAUGAACCAAGCAAUUCACGCACGGCACGCGGUAGUAAGUUGCCUUUAGGUGUAAAAAUAAGCACCUAUGCCUAG